UUAUGACGCGGUGCAUGCUGGGAGAAGACAAGCAUCCAAUAUGGCGACCUUCACAGGGCAGGAUGGAAAGGCUGUCGGUACCUCAGAUGUGGACCUCUUACUGCACCCCGAGCUGCUGUCUCAGGAUUUUAUGCAGCUCAUACUAACUGAGAAACAUGUCAGCACCAGAGGCUGUGAGAGUCGGGACCGGCUCACGGAGCUUUACCUCCGCCACGUCAUCCCGCUGCCGCAGAGGACUUUACCCAACAGCCGCUGGGGCAAGAGGAUGGAGAAGAGCCGGGGGAGGCAGACACCGGCCGGCCACCGGUCAGACAGUUCCAGUAAUGACCACAAUAGGAAAAGGCCUCUGAUUGUGUUUGACGGCACUUCCUCUCACCAUGGCCCACUUAAAGUAAAGAAACCAGAGGGAACCACCGCGUCAACAGGAAUCACUGACAGGUUAAAACCUCCUCCUGCUGCAAACCUGUCCAACCCAAUCCGCAAGCUGUCUGGAAACACAUCUUCCUCAUCCUCAUCCGUUCAUUGCAGCGCUGACGUGGCAAACCUCAAACGGGAAGCAAACAGCUCGGGUGCAGUGAAGUCUCCAGAGGUGAAGAAAAAGAUCCAGCAUGUGACAUGGCCCUGACCUCUGACCCUUCACACAGACCUGAUGGGAGCUCAGGCUCUGAAGGACAGACCACCUCCCUCCCACCACAUUUUUGUUGCCAAGUGUCAGUGCUCUCCCCAUCAUAUUUAUCUUACUAAUUACAUUAUAAAAGGGGUGAAAGCCCUUUUACCUGUGUGUCCAGGCCACCUCAAAGUUCAGUCUGGAGUGCUGACAGGAUGAGGAGGUGCUCCGCGGAUUGUCCUGCCGUUGAUGUCUCAAGCUUCCUUGUUGCUUUUCACAACCUCAAGUGCCCUUACCAUCAAUAAUCAGCAACUCUCCUCAAGUCCCGCACACGGAGGACAAAACAAGUAACACUGCUUUGUGUUCUGAAACGCCAUUUAUGGAAAUUAUGGUUGUUGAUAUUCUUUCUAUCUGUGCAUAAGAUGGUUUUGGUCAGAGGGACUCCAGUACUGGUUUGUGAAAGUGUGAGUUUUUCCUUCGGUUUUCCUUAAAAGUUUGUAUUGAAGUGCUGCAGGGAUGACAUUCAUUUGUAGACCAACUCGCAAGUUACCAUUGCUGUGGUUCCCUCAGUAAAAAGCCUGUGGGAUUUUUUUGAUUGGAUUUUGGAUUAUUGCAGAAAGUAAUCUCUGUGGUAAACAAAAGUUUAUGUUGUUCAUGAGUGAGGGUAGAAUGGAUCCUGAGAUGGAUCAGCGUUUUGGCGUGGUGUCUGCAGUGAUGCAGGCACUGUGCCGGAUUGUUGUGGCGAAGAGGGAGCUGAGCCAGAAGGCGAAGCUUUCGAUUUACUGGUCCAUCUAUGUCCCAGCCCUCACCUAUGGUCAUGAGCUCUGGAUAGUGACCAAAAGAAUGGGGUCGCAGAUACAAGCGGCUGAAAUUAGUUUCUUCCAUGGGGUGUAGGCCUGUCACGAUAUGCAAGAAGUUGGUUAAUUGCAUGGUAAAUUAAAAGGGAGACGGUAACUUUUCCGGCCGCGAUUAAUUGCCGUACUCAUGCAUGUUUGUUUUCCUCGUCUCUCUCCACCAAAGAGACUGGAUGACAAGAGCGUUCACUGCCGUGCAUCGUCUGGCAGCCAGGUGAGUUGGUUCAUUAGCGUAAUGAACGGAGGGAAAGCUCUUGUCAUCGAGUGUCUUUGUCUCUGUGGGGGAGGCGGGGCUGUGGGCCACACACACACACACACACACACACACACACACACACACACACACACACACACACACACACAGACACAGUGCAAUCUUCAUGAGGGGGAGACGAGGCGGAGAAGAAAACGGAGAGUUGAGCGUAAGAGAAAGACAUGAAACUUGUUUCUAAACCAAAUGCCACGGCCCCUGUGUGGGAGUGGUUUGGAUUUAAACCAAAUGACAGAGGGGAGCCCAGUAAUUUGGGCGAGCCGGUGUGCCGGGUUUGUUCUAAAACCAUCUCAACAAAAAGAGCGAAUAUGACCAACUUAACUGCACACCUGAGAGUGAGAGACUGACAGUCUAUUUUUUUGCAUUUAUUUCAAUAUUUUUACGUGUUAUUUCAGAUAUUUAAAUUUUAUUUUUUGCAUUCCUAAAUAUUCUUGUUAAAUAAAUGUUUGUUUCUCUUUAAAAGGGUGAACUUGCAUCUAUAUGCCUUUAUUAUCAUUAUAUAAGUUUAAAAAAUGGUCUAAAAACAGCAAAAUUACAACAAUAAUAAAAAUGGUCUUAAAAGCACAAUAUUACGCAAUAUUAUCGCUUAUCGCAAUAAUUUCUGACGCAAUUAAUCGCCCAGCAAAAUUUGUUAUCGUGACAGGCCUAGUGGGGUGGCUGGGCUCAGCCUUAGAGAUAGGGUAAGGAGCGCAGACAUCCAGAGGGAGCUCAGAGUAGAGUCGCUGCUCCUUCACAUCAAAAGAGGCCAGUUGAGGUGGUUCAGGCAUCUGAUCAGGAUCCUCCUGGGUGACUCCUGUUAGAGGUGUUCUGAGCACGUCCCACUGGUAGGAGGCCCCGGGGCAGACCCAGAACACGCUGGAGGGAUUACAUAUCUCAUCUGGCCUGGGAACAUCUUGGGGUCCCCCAGGUGGAGCUGGAAAGCAUUGCUGGGGAGAGGGUGCUUAACUUGGCCUGCUGCUCCCACGACCCAGCCCCAGAUAAGCGGAUGAAAAUGGAUGGAUGGAGUAUACCUUUAAUGACCCCUUCAACCUGGGGUAUUUACUUAAAAUAGAACAAAACAUUAAAAAAAUCUCUUACGCUCAUGUGAACCACAGACCUUAUUUCAGGCAUCCAACCAAAAAACUCUGAGACGAGGGAAACUGAGGUGCAAAAAAUGCUAACUGAUUUUCAGGUUUUAGGACUCAUCCCUGUAGCACUUUGUUGGUAGUACCAUGACUUGAAUGGACGGAUAGAAAUGUCCAUUAGUCACAGUCUCAACUAUGAGAAUCAAUAGCAUUUGUGUCAAAAUCAAAGAGGCAUUGUCAACAUGUUGUGGCAGUGCUAAAACAGAAAGAAGGUUUUUGGCCAUGAUCACACAGGGAGUAUUUUGCAGGUGGCAAAACGCAAGGCGCACCGCUUGCACUUUUUUAUUGUUGCCAGGGACUGUACCAACACGUCCUUACACUAACCUUCCAGUGUAACCAAUCUACUGUUUUCCCCCCACUAAUUAGUAUCUAGUUCCUAAAAUGUUGAGGCAGAGGGUGCUUGCUGUAGCUCUGGUUGAGGGUGAGAGGCUGUCAGCAAAAUUUGUUGGACACAGGGAAACAGAGAUCUGUGUGGGUACAUGGGACCCUAAAAAAGAGGGUGGGUCAUGGGGAGUACCACCAGUUGGUCCAGGAGCUUCACCUCCAUGAUGCCGUUUCCAAACAUAUUUUAGGAUGACUCUGGGCAGUUUGACAACCUGCUGUCUAUCGUUGGGCCGUAUAGCUCUGACCAGCAACCGCUACCACCAGUUUCUCCUCCAUUGUUUACCAACUGGAAACUUGUUUUCGUGACCAUGACGAAACCAGAUGAUGUGGGGUGUUUUUCCGCUCUGAGGUGUUUUUUCAACUUGAAGAGUUCAGAGUGCUCCGGCAAAAACACCAGGUGCCUAGAGCGCAGAUACGUGAGACGCAUUGCAACAUAAAAACUGCGAGCAAAAAGCUUCAUUCUCAUUAAAAACAAUUACAAAAAGGAGCCUCCAGCUGCUAAAACACUCUCUGUGUGAUCAGGGCCAAAUGGUGUACCUUUAAAAGGAAACAAACCACAGAUGAUGCUGAACAAAGCAUUUUAGAAGGUGUGUGUGUGUGUUUGAACUGGUGGUAGGUGUCAGUCUUGUCAUUAAUGAACUCCAUUCCACUGACGUUUGGCUUUAUUCAAACCUGAGUGCUGUUUCAUAAGUCCUUCAGGGUUUUUAAAUAAUAGUGUAGUAUUGUACAUAUGUUGCAUAUAACACGCAGACUAAGUGAUUUUCAUA